CCUCCCCCCCCUCCCCCGCAGCUAUCGGCGUGUGUGGUGGCAGAGUGCGGCACUGCUCCCGGGGCUGGGAGCGAGGGGAGAACGGGAGGCAGAGAGCGAGGAGGAGGAGCAGCCGCAGCCGGUGACAGGAGAAUGAGUGGGGGCAAGUCGUCCAGAGAGCACCUGGCCAAUGGCGGCGUGAAAGUGUCCGUCUGGAGUAAAGUGCUGAAGAGUAACGCGGCCUGGGAGGAUAAGGAUGAGUUUCUAGAUGUGAUCUAUUGGUUUCGACAAUUAAUUGCAAUUUUUUUAGGAGUUAUCUGGGGCGUUGUUCCACUUAAAGGAUUCUUGGGAAUAGCAAUAUUUUGUCUCAUCAAUGCUGGACUUUUGUACCUCUACUUUAGCAGCUUCCAGCAAGUAGAUGAAGAGGAAUAUGGUGGAACCUGGGAGUUAACAAAAGAGGGAUUCAUGACAUCUUUUGCGUUGUUUUUGGUGGUUUGGAUAAUUUUUUAUACUGCAAUUCACUUUGAUUAAAGACCAAAAACAGCUGCCUAACCCUGUCAAGUUUAAAAUUACCGAAAGAGAGAAAUUAAAAUACUGUAACUGUGUUUACAUUAUAAAAACUGGCAAUAGUUCAGAAAUGUUUUGUGCCAUCAAAUCACGGGACCUGUGAUGAAACCUUGGGAUAUAUUGCAGGAAGCAGUAUUCCCACUGAGGCUGUUUUAAUAUCUGCAAUAAUGUAUGGAACAUCCCAGGAAUCUUACAAGACAUGGAUCUCUGUAUUAAGACUCUUUCAAGAGCUCCAGAAGCAUCGAAGUCUGAAGACAACCACGUCAAAGUGCAGCUUUCCAGUGUCAUGCCCUCUAAUGUUGGUACUCUUGUUGUUAGUAUCUGUUUUAAUUUAACAAAUGUAAAUGACUUGUAGAAUUGGAGAAGAAACAUUAAUUUUUGACUUGUGCAUCUUUCAGAGUUUGUAUUUCAGUCUUUAUAAUGGACAAUGAUUGCCCCUUGGGUGUUUUGUACCUGUUUUAAAAAUCCAAGUAUUCAGCCAGCAUUUCAAAAUUACACCCAUCCAGUAAGGGCCAGUUUUAAGUUUCUCAUCCUAACCCCUAUUCUUGUCUUCCUCCUUUGUGUGUGUUUUGGUACAAAUAUAUGUUGUCUGGUUAAUGAAUAGCUAUCAAACACUUUAUUUUUGGGGUACAGUGUUUUGAAAGCUUUACCUGUCCGGUAAAUAUCAGAGAAUUGACCACCAGUAGAAAACCUCCUUAUCUGUCCAGGCUGGUCCACAUACUUGUAAUACCUCUUUCAAUUUAAAAAAAAAUUGAGUAUCUUCCCAGGAGAGGUGGAAAAAAAUAUAGAUUUUAAAACAAAGGUCAACUUUUGAGGAGAACAUCUUGAUAAUUCCUCUCAAACCCUCCUACCAAAUUGAAACUAAUCCAGAGAAUCGCUCUGACCCCUAUUAAUUUUUUCAAUUAUCUCCUUUUUUUUGUAAGAGGUAACGUAGCCACAACCAGAAGCAGGUGGAACUCUUGCUUGAAGAAAUUUGAUGAAUUAGUGCCUCCCAUUCAAGGAAGCAAUUUGUUAGAGUUCCAAUAUUCUCUGACAGAAAAAGUACUAAGACCUCAUCUUUUCCAUCUUAAAAUUAUGACCAUUGGUUAUUGCCAGUCCUUGAUUUAGAAUAAAUUACAAACUGCCUAGCAACUUAGUCCUUACACUUUAUCGAUCAAAUUGUCCUCACAUCUGCUGUUCUCAAAUGCUGGCAGCUCAGCUUUCUUCUCUUGAUAAAUUUUAUUUUAAUACUUAGUGAAGUGCAAAGCUAUAUAAAUGAUACACCACAGUGGGAGCAGUCAAUAUGCAAUAUGAGUGACCUACUAGAUUGUAUUAAUGCUGAAGGAGUGCAGUCUGUACUGCAUGUGGAAUUAGAGGUGAUCUGAAUUAUUAAAAUAUUCUUCGCAUAAUCUUAAGAUCAGAGCUAUAUGUCUUAGUGUUCAAAUGCUGCUUCGCAACCUGAUGUUAUAGUUAAUAUUUUCAUUGAUGUGAUCCACUUAUGAAAUCUGAGUCUCGACUUUUCUCUAAUAUGUUUCAUGAUGUGCAGUCUGUUUCAAACUGACGGACUCUGAAUUUUCAACAAGGCUCCUCGUAUCUUCUGGUCGGUUUGCUCAUCACUCCAGCUGUGUACCAAGGUUCAAAUGAUCAGAAGAUUUAUUUUUUUAAAGAUUAAUAAGGACGAUGUGCCUGGGGAGCCUUUAGAUAACUCAGUGAUUUCAGGACCCACUUUGAGCUGCUGUUGCUGAUAUAGUGCUGAAAAGAUGAAGAACAGAAACAGUUUGGGCAAUAGCAGAACUAAGGGCUAUGGUUUGUGUUUUGUCCGUAUUUGCUAUUAAUCUCUGCUGUGGUAGCACUGCCAGAUGCAGUGAGCAAGAGGUCAAUGCUUCACCAUGGAUUUAAUUUCAAACAGACUAUAGAGCGCAUUUACUCAUCCCAUUCAUUUGGAGUUAGAGCCACAGCUAUGAUACUUGUUUAGGUUGUAUGUGUUGGGUAUAUUUCAAUGAUUGUAUGCAGUAAAACCCCUUUUUAGGGAGUAGAGGACAGCCACAGCUUUCAAAGCGAUCAAACCUUCUGGUUCUGUAUGUUGGAACCAUGCUGCUCACUGCUGUGGAGACCUUGCAAAGAUAAGGGAGUAAAUACUCUAAUUCAGUUUAACGAUGCUCUUGCACGUUGUAUCCUGUCUUGAGCAUGGAUAUAGUGUAAAUAACAAAAUAAAAGUACAAUUUACUUUGAUUAUAUAGUGCUAUUCUGAACAAUCCUCUUGGAAGCAUUUUAUAGUUGUCGCAGUUUGGUUUACUGCCUUGAAACUAAUGAAUAUCAAAGUAUGCAAAGUAUUUGUACAAAGAUGUAACCUGAAUGCAGUGGUUGUCUGAUCUUUUAUAUUUUGAUAUGAUUUCAUACUGUGCACUCUAUGGCCUUGUCUCUUGAAGUGACAGCUUCUAUUAGGUAGUGUCAUUCCUGACUGAGUUAAAGUUUGUAGGUUCACAAGGCAGCGUAGAAGGUAACUAUCUGGUCCAGGCUUAAUGUCAAGAUAAUGCAGGCAGAAUGAUGCAUUGAUGAAGGUGCCACCCCAUCUCUCAGAUGUUAUGAAACCAAAGUUUGACUGCUUGAUCAAGUUGAUGUAAAAGAUCUAACGUCACAAUUUGUUGAAGAACAGGGAGUCCCACUGUCUUGACCAACAUUCCUACCUCAACCAACAGCACCACAACACAGUUACUAGAUUUUUGAAAUCUCAUUUGCUGUUUCCAGCACUUUGUCCAGAUUGGUUGUUACAAAUGCCUCUGCAAAAUUGUCCACAUCAGACAAAAAAUUUCCUGGAUGUGCGGAAAGUUUGAAUAUCGUAAAGGAAUUCUCUUCUUUGUAACCCUGUCAUACAGAUUUACUCCCCAUUGUCAGAAUUCCAAGGAAACAUUGAGUAGUCCGUUCUAAAGGUUAUUGCAUUUAUCACACACUGAAAUAUUUAGUUCUAACAACCCAAAUAAAGGGGAAGGUUGUUUGAGGUGAGAGGAAUAGAAGGAGCAGAUGAGAAGUUCUUAUAUUUUAACAGAAUGACAAGUCAUUACAUUGGUAAUAUUGAUUUAGGAUGAAAAUUUGAAUUGUAUAAGUACAGAUUGACCAUUAAAAUCACUUCUGAUGAGUGUGCUAAUGUCA